AUGAAUCCUAUUUUAUAACCUCCUAGAUAUCUAAAAUAAAUUGCUCCUUCCCAAUUUAGAAGUUUAAAUUAAUUAAAUAUCCGUCAUGAAGAAAUUGAAGAAAAAGGAUUUAUGACAAAAUAUGUUUAAAUCUUAAAAAAGAAUGCGAAUGGAUAAGUUAUAACUACAGCAAAAAUUGUUAAUAUUUUGAAAUUGCAUUAGUUAUUGAGAAAUUAAGAACAACUUGAAACCCUGAAAAAAUAUUUUGAAGAUCACUUUCCAUAUAUUGGGUAAAAUAAAAUCAAAUAAAAUAUAGUAAAUUUAAGGAUAAACUUGAUGGUAAUAAAUGUUUGGACAUUUUUAGAUUUAUGACGGUUGAAAAAUAUAAAGCACUUAAUAUUAUUUUUCGUUAAGGAGAACCAGGAAGAAAAAUGUAUUUUUUAUUAUCAGGGGAAGUAGGAAUAUUUGUUCCAAAAUCAAAUCAAAGUUAAGAAAUCUAAAACUUGAUUUGCCAGUAAUUAAUAAAUAAUAUAUUUAAGUGAUUUUAAAGACAUUCAAGAAAUUCAGUUUUAAGAGUUUAGAUUAGUUGCUAUUAAGAAAUUUGGAGAUGUCUUUGGAGAAAUUGCUAUUGAAUAAAGAGUCACUAGAACUGCAACUGUAAUAGCUAAAACUGAUGUUUUUGUGGCAUAAUUAUCAUAUGAAAUGUAUUAAGAUGUAAUUGGAAAACAUUAGAAUGAAUUAACUGCUUAAAAGCUUUAAUUUAUUAAUACUAUACCACUUUUUUAAGAUUGGGAAUAAAAACAAAAAUUAAUAGCCUUAUCUAGCUUUGAAUAGAAUACAAUUACAUGUGGAUAAAGUAUUUUCUAAACUGGAUAUUUAGAUGAAUAUAUUUAUUUAGUAGUAAGUGGAGAAGUUGAGAUAAUUAAAUUUAAUAAGGUUUAAUCAAGUUUGUCUUAAAAUUAAAUAAAAAAGAUAUAAAUUAUAGCCAUAAUUAAUUCUGGAUAAUUUUUUGGUGAUUAUGAACAUAUAAAUAAUAUUCCUAAUAGAAUUACUUCUGCUAAAGCUAGAAUGGAAACCGUAUAUUAUAAAAUUAAGUAUAAUCUCUUUAUAGAUCUUUUAGAGAUGUAUUCAAAUGUAGAAGAAUAUAAAAAAGCUUAAAUGAUUAAAUUUAAUAUAUAAUAGUCUUUAGUUAAUAAUGGAUAAAAUUGGUAAAGUGAAAAUUAAGAUGAAUAACUUUCAUUGAAUAUAGAUCUAAGUCAAUUAAAAAAUAAUUAUUUCAAAAAUUAGAAAAUAGAAAGACUAAAAAACUAAUUAAAAAAAUAGAUUUUUAAAACUGAUGAUUAAAUUAAAAAAGAUUAUUUUAAAGAACAACUAAAAACUGUAAGUUAAUCUUUAAGUGUAUUCGAAACUAUUUAACUAAAAAAAUACUCUAAUUUAAUACCUCAUAAGCAUGAUUUUUUUGUUAAUGAAUAAAAUUGUAUUUCAUCACCUAAUCAUACUCGUUCAUAAAAGUUUUUUAGUAAGGUUUUUGAAUAAAAUUAAGAAUAAAAAGAAAAGAAAAAGUAAAUUACCAAUAAAUUUAUAGAUAAUCAAAUUAAAUAUCAUUUGAAUAAGAAAUUUAAAGGAAUGUCUAGAAAACAUACUAAAAGUUAUAAUGUUAAAUUAGAAUAAUCAGAUUCAAUAUCAUAUUCAAAAAUUAUUUAAAGCAAAGUUGCUAAACUUAAUCUAACUAAAUCUUAUGAAAAGAUGUAAAGAGCAACAUCUGAAAAUGCUUUCAAUCAAGAAGAACGAACUCCUCAUACUCAUUUAUCUCUUCAUAUUCGAUCCUAUCAUAAAGAAAAUCUUACUACUAAUAGGUCAAUUUUAUUUAGAACAAAUAGAUUAUCAUCUAAAAAACCAGACACAAAAGAGUUCAAAUUUUAGAAAAUGAUUUAAUUUUGA